CGUGCAGCAGCAGCAGCAGCAGCAGCAGCAGCAGCAGCAGCAGCAGCAGCAGCAGCAGCAGCAGCAGCAGCAGCAGCAGCAGCACGUCGGAGUGGUCCCGGAAGUGGUCAAUGAGGUCCAGCGCGAACUCCCGAGUUAUUGGCCACCGCAAGUGAGGCCCUUUAUAACCUGGGGGAAGUCCUUCUUCCGCAAUGGUGUUUGCGUCGAUGCUUUGCCGUUGCUGCGAACGCUGCAGCCCACAGCAACGCCCCCCCGCUCAGCAGCAGCAGCAGCAGCAGCAGCAGCAGCAGCAGCAGCAGCGGGCGGCGAACGACUGCUUUUAGACAGCUACGAGUGGGCGGCGCGGCGCUGGCUGCAGCAGCGGCAGCAGCAGCAGCAGGUCGCCUCUGCUGCAGCUGCUUCUGGCAGCAGCGCGCGCGCUGCUGCGCUGCAGAGCAGCAGCAGCAGCAGCAGCAGCAGGAACCUGCAGCGUGCUGCUGCUGGCUCGGGGCCUUUCCGUGGGAACUUCCGCCACAUCCAGGAAGUCUUCGUCGUGGAUUUGCUUCUUAAUGGUGUUCAAAGUGGGAGUGCCCACGUCUCUGCAGCAGCAGCAGCAGCAGCAGCAGCAGCAGCAGCAGCAGCAGCAGCAGCAGCAGCAGCAAGUGCAGCGUCACGCCCGGUUCGAGUUGAACUGCAGCGGGGUGCCCCGCGAUCGCGAACAAUUCGAAGAAAUAACAACAAGUUCAAUUUAAUUGGAAUUAGAGCAGCAGCAAAAAGAGAGAGCAGCAGCAAAAAGAAAGAGCAGCAGCAAAAAGAGCAGCAGCAAAGCGAGAGAGCAGCAGCAAAAAGAAAGAGCAGCAGCAAAAAGAGGCAGCAGCAAGAAGCAAAGAAAGACAGCCAGCAGCAGCACUGCGCCGCUUCCUCUGCAGCAAAGCAAGCAGCAGCAGCAGCAGCAGCAGCAGCAGCAGCAGCAGCAGCAAUGUCCCGCGGCUGCCUCAGCAGCUGCGCCCGCCCGAGUCGCAGCAGCGCACAGGCCGCAGCUAGAGCUGCGCGUGCAGCAGCGCCGGCGCCCGCAGCGGGCGCCCUCCCCCUGCAGCUGCAGCAGCAGCAGCAGCAGCAGCAGCAGCAGCAGCAGCAGCAGCUCACCGCUGAAGGGCUUGACGGAGAAGGCGCGGACAAAACGCCCCUUGCCGGGGGCACAGUGGAAGUACCUGCGGGAGUGAUAAGAGCCAUCGCAGUCUCCGGGGCCCCUCUUGAGGAAUUCAACUCCAACAACAGGCCCGGAAAGCUGGCCGGGGGGCCCCCCCGGGGGGCGGGAAAGUGCCCACGAACUUGA